AUGAAAUUGACAGAUUUUGAAGUCGUUAAAUUGGUAUUUACUUCUCCUUGCUAUAGGUAUCUUUUUGAACUUAGCCUUAUCCUUUCGCAUCAGUACAGAUCCAAAAAUUUUCAAGCAGGUAUUUCCAGCUUGAGCUGGCCUCUAGUAUCAAUAUAAUCUUCUGCUUCAGGGAAUUUAUAGAUAUUGAUCUGUAUUGUUGGGUGAUGUUAGAAUUAUUGCUGAGCACUUGCUACAGAAAAUUGAAUUACGAAUAAAACCGAGCGUCACCAUGUUGAGCUUCGAAGAGAGGACUAACUGCUCGCAGAAACUGUCAAUGAUGAUGUGCUCAAUUAAAAUUCUUUUUUUUUCUGUUACUAGUAAAGUUUAUCCUCCCAUCGCGAGUGGGAACAGUUCUAGCAUUGCUCAGAACUUGUUGUUUUUUCUGAUUACCCAAAUUUAACCAUUCUUAACCCCUAUAUGGCUCUGGUUGUGAGUUGUUUGCAAUGAACUGUUUGUAAUGCAAAGAACUUGAUGGUAAUUGCAUCUUAAAUCGUUCAUUGUUUGUUUUGAUCCGUCCUGGUCAAUUUUGAAUUCAUUGAUCUUAUACAGUUGUUGGCUCAUUUAUAUUCAUAUAAUUUACGUUCGUAAUUCUUCCAGAAAUGGUUGGAUCUUUUUGGUUCUGCAGUGUCCUAUUAUUGUUCGUGACCACGUUUUCCAACUCUUCGGGCAUAUCGUUCCAUGCAUCGCCCGAUUCACAGUACAUAGAAGUUGACAAAAAUGGAUCAUUUGAAGUCUGGUUCAAAGAUAACAACAUAACCGACCCUAUCGAGAUAAACAUAAUCGUAUCUACCAACAAUCAGGAUGUAAUCCAGGAUUACAACAGGACGACCUACGUCAUAGAGAAGGAGAAAACUUCAAUGUACUUCUACUCGGAUCAGCCGGGCAACGCGGAUAUUUCCUUUAAUUUUACCGAUGUCAAUAACUAUGAGUUGAAUUCUGGUAUAAUGGAUGUGUAUAUACAUAUACACGUUAUAAGGAGCCAUCCACUCGAUGUGUUUAAUGAUGUGAUAGGAUGGAUUUACUUUUUCGCUUGGAGCAUAUCAUUUUAUCCCCAGAUUUUCUCAAAUGUCAUGCGCCGAAGUGUGGUUGGGCUAAAUUUCGACUUCCUUGCUUAUAAUCUUCUAGGGUUUUCCGUCUACAGCGUCUUCAACGUAGGUCUCUAUUGGGUUCCUUACAUACAAGAUGAAUAUCGUGAUGAAAAUCCAGGACAACUCAUACCGGUCAAACUGAAUGACGUUGUUUUUAGCUUACACGCCACGCUUAUAACUAUGGUGACUAUUUCCACAUGCUUUUUCUUCAAAAGAGAUAACCAAAAAGUUUCAUGGGUUUGCCGCGUGUUUGUCAUAGUUUCUUUAUUGUUGAUUGUGCUUCUCGCAAUUUUUACGAUGACUGGCGACUUCAAAAGAUGUUCGUGGUUGAAUUUCAUAAAUUGGAUUUCCUACAUAAAGCUAGCAGUCAGUUUUAUCAAAUACGUACCUCAAGCCUGGAUGAACUAUGAAAGAAAAAGCACCAUUGGUUGGAGCAUUGGAAACGUCCUGCUGGAUUUCACAGGCGGUUCAUUGAGUAUUUUGCAGUCAUUGCUGCUAUCAUAUAACAGCAAUGAUUGGCCAUCGUUGAUAGCGGACCCCGUUAAAUUUGGACUUGGAUUCCUGAGUAUCAUUUUUGACAUUCUCUUUAUGAUUCAGCAUUACAUACUUUACCGACAUGCCAAAGAUGAAAAUUCAGAUAUUUGGCCAAAAAGUUAUAGAGUUUUUGAGAAUAGCACCGCAGAGUCAGAGCCAUCAUGGAACCCGGCUUCAGAUCUUGGAGCCACUACUACUUGAAUUAUUUCUCGAACUCUCAUCGUUUUAUAAACUGAUCAGCUGCCUUUUUAUAAGUUCACAAAAAUGGUCGUAUCUAAAGAACGCUUUUUGUUCCGGCCAUUGAAAAUGGGGAGGAACUUUUUAUUCGGGUGUGUUUAAGUUUUUUAUUUUACACGCAAAAUCAGGUGCAACAAAUAAUUAUCGUCAGGGUAGAGUGAUAUAUCAUACCAAAGCCCUUCUAGUUGUGAUUUGAGCGACAUGAAAAUUUUAUCGUAAAAUUUUUCAAUGUCGAGAAAAACCAAUUUUGGUUUAUUGUCAAUCGAGUAAAGCGAUCGA